AUGUCUUGUUACUUUCUUCAGGUGGUGGCAUAUCACUACUGCCAGGCUGAUAAUGCAUAUACCUGCCUAGUGCCUGAGUUUGUUCACAAUGUGGCUGCCUUGCUCUGCCGUGCCCCUCAGCUUGUAGCUUACCGGGAACAGCUCCUACGAGAACCACACUUACAAAGCCUACUAAGCUUACGCUCCUGCGUGCAGGACCCUGCUGCCUCGUUUCGUAGGGGUGUUCUGGAGCCCCUGGAAAACCUGUACAAAGAGAGGAAGAUCCCCGAUGAAGAUUAUAUAAUUCUGAUAGAUGGACUGAAUGAAGCGGAGUUCCACAAGCCAGAUUAUGGAGACACAAUUGUGUCUUUUUUGAGCAAGAUGAUAGGAAAGUUCCCCCAUUGGCUGAAACUCAUUGUGACUGUGAGGACAACCCUGCAGGAGAUUACCAAGAUGCUUCCCUUCCACCGUAUAUUCUUGGACCGACUGGAAGAAAAUGAGGCCAUAGAUCAGGAUUUACAGGCCUAUAUACUGCAGCGUAUUCACAGCAGUUCAGAAAUCCAGAACAACAUCUCCCUCAAUGGAAAGAUGGACAAUACCACAUUUGGAAAGCUCAGUUCCCACCUAAAGACUUUGAGCCAGGGUUCUUAUCUGUACCUGAAGCUUACAUUUGACCUUAUAGAGAAGGGCUACCUAGUACUCAAGAGCUCCAGCUACAAGGUGGUUCCUGUGUCUCUGUCUGAGGUCUAUCUUUUACAAUGUAACAUGAGGUUCCCAACUCAGUCCUCUUUUGAAAGGGCUCUCCCUCUUCUUAAUGUUGCUGUAGCUUCCCUCCAUCCCUUGACUGAUGAGCACAUCUUCCAGGCCAUUAAUGCAGGCAGUGUGGAUGGAGGAUUGGAGUGGGAGGACUUUCAACAACGUAUGGAGAACCUUUCUAUGUUCCUCAUUAAAAGAAGGGACCUGACAAGAAUGUUUGUUCAUCCUUCCUUCAGGGAAUGGCUAAUUUGGAGAGAGGAUGGAGAAAAAACCAAGUUUCUGUGUGACCCACGGAGUGGACAUAUCCUGCUGGCUUUCUGGUUCUCUCGUCAGGAAGGGAAGCUGAACAGGCAGCAGACAAUAGAGCUUGGGCACCACAUACUGAAAGCACAUAUCUUCAAGGGUCUCAGCAAGAAAGUUGGUGUUUCUUCAUCUAUCCUGCAAGCCCUGUGGAUAUCAUACAGCACAGAUGGCCUCUCCAUGGCCCUUGCAUCUCUCAGAAAUCUCUACACUCCCAACAUCAAGGUGAGCCGUCUCCUGAUCAUGGGUGGAGCGAAUGUUAAUUAUCGCACAGAGGUGCUGAACAAUGCGCCCAUCCUGUGUGUUCAGGCCCAUCUAGGAUACACGGAAAUGGUGGCUCUGCUGCUUGAGUUCUCUGUCAAUGUGGAUGCCAGUUCGGAGAGCGGAAUGACCCCUCUAGCAUAUGCUGCUGCUUCAGGUCACCUGACUAUCGUCAUGCUUCUGUGUAAGAGGAAAGCUAAGGUGGAUCUCUUGGACAAGAACGGGCAGUGUGCACUGGUCCAUGCUGCUCUACGGGGUCACCUGGAGGUAGUGAAAUACCUCAUCCAGUGUGACUGGACUAUGGCUGGACAGCAGUCGGGAGUCUUAAAGAAGAGCCAAGCCAUCCAGCAAGCAUUGAUUGCAGCCGCCAGCAUGGGAUACUCUGAGCUGGACUUACCAGAAAAGGAUGAAGAAGAGGAGCAGAGAGCUCAGAUCAACAGCUUUGAUAGUCUGUGGGGAGAGACAGCUCUUACAGCUGGUGCAGGCCGUGGAAAGCUUGAGGUUUGCCGCCUAUUGUUAGAACAAGGGGCUGCCGUAUCCCAGCCUAACCGGAGGGGAGUUGUUCCCAUAUUUAGUGCUGUCCGACAGGGACAUUGGCAGAUUGUUGAUUUGCUGCUUACACAUGGUGCAGAUGUUAACAUGGCAGACAAGCAAGGUCGUACCCCAUUAAUGACUGCGGCUUCAGAAGGACAUGUAGCCACUGUGGAGUUUCUGCUGGCACAAGGAGCUUCCAUAGGCCUCAUGGAUAAGGAGGGUCUGACCGCUUUAAGCUGGGCCUGCCUGAAGGGACACCUUCCUGUGGUGAGAUCAUUGGUGGAAAGUGGAGCAGCCACUGACCACGCUGAUAAGAAUGGACGUACUCCCUUGGAUCUCGCAGCCUUCUAUGGGGAUGCUGAAGUGGUCCAGUUUCUGGUGGACCAUGGAGCAAUGAUCGAGCACGUGGAUUACAGUGGAAUGCGCCCACUGGACAGAGCUGUAGGCUGCAGGAACACUUCAGUUGUGGUGGCUCUCCUAAAGAAAGGGGCCAAGAUAGGUCCAGCCACCUGGGCCAUGGCAACGUCCAAGCCAGACAUCAUGAUCAUUCUGCUGAGUAAACUGAUGGAAGAGGGAGACAUGUUCUACAAGAAAGGGAAAGUAAAAGAAGCGGCACAAAGAUACCAGUACGCUAUGAAGAAGUUUCCUCGUGAGGGAUUUGGAGAGGAUCUGAAGACUUUUCGAGAACUCAAGGUGUCACUUCUCCUCAAUUUGUCCCGUUGCCGGCGGAAGAUGAAUGACUUUGGAAUGGCAGAGGAGUUUGCAACUAAGGCUCUGGAGUUGAAACCCAAAUCAUAUGAAGCUUUUUAUGCCCGAGCUAGAGCCAAGAGGAGCAGUAGACAAUUUACAGCAGCUUUGGAAGAUCUCAAUGAGGCUAUUCAGCUUUGCCCUACCAACCGUGAGAUCCAGCGGCUCCUAGUGAGGGUAGAGGAAGAAUGUAGGCAGUUGCAGCAAGAAGAGGAGGUUCAGGAAUUACAAGAUGAACCAGAACCUGAAGUUCCAAAUGAGGAUGUUGACUCCACCCAGGAAGACAUGUACGAAGAAGAAUAUCUGGAACAAGACAUGGAUGCUGUUGGAUUACAGUCUGAAGGAAGGCAGUGUCAGGGCCUUCCAGGAUUGCAGAGCCCACCUCAGUCUCCUGCACAUCGGGACUCUGCCUAUAUGUCAGGAUCACACCAAGUAUUUGACUUCAGAUCAAACAGCUCAGUGGGCUCACCUACACGACAAGGUUAUCAGUCUACUUCCCCGUCCCUGUCUCCAACACAUCAGAACUCUCACUAUCGUCCCAGUCCUCCACAGACAUCACCUGCACACCAGAGCUCUUCCUAUCGCUUUAGUCCACCUCCAGUGGGCGGUCAGGUAAUAGACUAUCCGAGCCCUCCUCCUUCACCAUUACGAAGAGCACCGCAAUACAGAGCUAGUCCACCAAGUGAAACUAUUGGCAUGUAUAGGCAACAGUCUGGUUCUCCAGUAAGAUAUCAGCAAGAGCCAUGUGUAAGCCAGCAUCCAGGAAGACCCAAGUCUCCUUUGUCCAAGAUAUCACAGCGAUCGUUCCAAAUGUCACAGCUUCCCACAGCCGUUCCGCAACCUGCACACAGAUUACAGCCAGCCAAGGCACAAAUUGUACGCAGCAACCAGCCCAGCUCUUCUGUACACUCCAGCGCUGUGAUUCCUGGGGGAACAUAUGGACAGGUGGCGCACGGUAUGGCAAGUAAAUACCAAACAUCAUCUGGAGAAAUAAGUCAAAGCCGUCUAGUAUACCAAGCUUCCCUUGGUGGUCUCAUAGCCGAUGGACGCCCCGUGCAGCAUGUGCAAGCCAGUUUAAGUGCAGGGGCCAUUUGUCAACAUGGUGGCAUUGCCAAGGAAGAUAUCCCCCAAAGGCCAACCUCUGCCUAUAGGGGUGGUAUGAGGUAUAACCAGACCCCACAGAUAGGGCGCAGCCAAUCUGCAUCAUAUUAUCCUGUAUGCCACUCCAAGCUGGAUCUUGAACGAUCUUCUCUACCUUCCAGCCAGCUAGGUUCUCCCGAUGUUUCUCACCUAAUAAGACGGCCAGUGAGCAUUAAUCCUAGUGAAAUAAAGCCUCACCCUCCCACUCCAAGGCCCCUGUUGCACUCGCAGAGCGUAGGGCUUCGCUUUUCCCCAUCCAGCAACAGCAUUUCAUCCUCUUCCAGCCUGUCUGCUACUUUCCGACCGUCUGCUUCUAUACAACAAAUGGAGAUUCCUCUCAAACCAGCUUAUGAGAGACUUUGUGAUGAACUGUCUCCCGUGUCCCCACCCCAGGGAAGUUACCCCGGUGAACCCACGCGCUCUAGGACCACCCCCUUCAUGGGGAUAAUUUGACAAGACUGCACGGACUCAGCAGUAUCCCCAUCCCCAUCAUCAUCAGCAAAGCCGGACAUGGGCUGUUUCUUCUGUUGACACUGUCCUCAGUCCCACAUCUCCCGGCAUCUUGCCCCAGACAGAAUCUUUCAGCCCCCCCUCUUCUAUCAGUAACAUCGCCUUUUAUAACAAAACCAACAAUGCACAGAACGGACAUCUCCUUGAAGACGACUACUAUGGCCCGCAUGGUGUGCUGGCCAAUGGCUCUCGAGGGGACAUUUUGGAGAGAGUCACACAGGCCUCCUCCUACCCGGAUGUCAAAGUGGCCAGAACACUGCCUGUUGCACAGGCGUACCAGGACAACCUGUACAGACAGCUGUCUCGGGACUCUCGGCAGGGCCAGACUUCGCCCAUCAAACCAAAGAGACCAUUUGUGGAAUCCAAUGUGUAG